UCUAUUUCGUUUAUCAUUUUGACGAUACGAGAAAUCAGAAAAAGCUUGGACUCGCUCUCAAGCCAAGAAGGAUGACAUUGCUAAAGAAAUAGCCAAAUACGAUGACAUAUGGAAAUUCGAAUCAUCUCAAAGAAUCGUUUGGAAGAACGAUAUUGAACUUGUUCUCAAAUCAAAAUCCAAACAUGCUGCAAUCUCAUCGCCUUUAAGUAAACUCUUCAAGUUUGAAGAUAAACCAUUAGUAGUACAAUAUGAAGUCACAAUAAUGCAGGAGGGUCAAGAAUGCAGUGGUUCAUACAUUAAGCUAUUAUCUGCCGGCAAGAAUUCUGAAGAUCUUAAAAAGUUCAAUGACAAGACCCCAUACACUAUCAUGUUCGGACCAGACAAGUGUGGAAAUGACAUCAAAUUGCAUUUCAUUUUCCGCCACGUGAAUACAAUUAAUGGUUCCAUAGAAGAGAAACACUGCCGUAAACCCAGGGAACGCUUAGAGGAGCCUUUCAAAGAUAAACUACCACAUUUGUACAAAUUAGUUGUGAAGCCGGACAAUACAUUCCAGAUAAGCGUUGACCAUAAAGUUAUUAACGAAGGCUCACUACUUAGCGACUUCAAUCCAGCUCUUAAUCCACCAAGAGAAAUCGAUGACUCAUCAGAUCAAAAACCAGAUCUAACCAUUCUAAUGUAA